GCCGCCAUCAGAGGAGUCAGGCGAUGAGGAGAACGAGGAAGAGGCGGAGGAGGAAGACGCUGCUGGCGAAGGCUCUGAAUCUUCGGGCGGUGAAAACGGAAGCCAGGCUCCGACGUCCCCAGCGCAGGCACCAGGUGACAACCCUCCGCAAGCGAAGGUUGCAGCUGACGCCGGGGAAACAGGCAGUGCUUCGGAGUCGGAUUCGGGCUCUGGUUCAGAAAGCGCCGGGCCCCCCGAACCGGCGUCGAAGCAGAAGCCGGUCAGGCUUGAGGCAGCGCCCAGGACGAAGCCAAUUCUGCAGCCAGCGAAGCCGGAAAAUUG